ACAGCUAGCUGUGUUGAUUGUUUAGUUCGAUGUUGUUUUGUCUCAGUGAAGCACUCUAUUGUGAAUGUGCUUCUAAUUCAUAUUCGCACAUUCGGAUUUGGCCGGGAAAAGGACGCGAUGGAUAUCUGUCGCGUGUGCAUGGAAGAGGUGGAGGACUAUUGCUCGCUGUUUGAAACCAUCGAGCUGAUGAAAUUCAAACAUACGGCUGCAAGUUUGAUCACGGAAUGUUUCGGCAUUACGGUCACCCAAGAUGAUGGCCUACCGGAGUUUGUCUGCAAUCCCUGCCUACAAGCGAUAGCUCAGGCGUAUGUGAUACGAGAUAAAUGUAUAACAUCGGAUAGGAAAAUGAGGAAAAUUCUGUUUCCUACUUCACGAAAACUACAGCCCAUCAUCGAAGAUACUACAGCAACGAAAAAGCAGGUAGAAAACGCUGACAUGAUCCCAGCAAACGCAUCGGAGAUCGCAAUACAGACAGAGCCGGACUAUUCGGAGUAUCAUGAAAAUGAAAUCAAAACUGAAUUGGAUCAUUUCGACGAUGAGUUGGAUGUUAUCGAUGCAUCUUCGAUGAUUGUGUAUGAAGGAAAUCUUACGGAAUCAGAACCAUACGAGCCCCCUGAGGAAGAGCUUACCGGAGAAGAAAAAAAAGACUUACAGGAGGCGAAAGCAUCGUCCUACAGUGAUGAAUUUUUCGAGGACGGGGAUACUGAACCGGCUGAGUGCGACCCAGCACCGGUGGAUAAUGAAACAGUGAAGAUGGAGGUAGAAAUUGUUGAACAACCGCCGAAGCACCUGGAAAGCCUCGUGGACAGUGACGGUGAGCCGAUUUGCAGCUUUACGAAGCGUGAACCGCAAAAGAAUGUUUGUGACAUAUGCAAACAAGAGUUUUCAAGCAAGGACAACCUCAAGUCGCACCUAAUGCUACAUAGCAAUGAGCGCCCGUUCGGCUGCGAGAUAUGCGGGAGAAGAUUUUCCAAAAAGGGCAACUACAAGGUACAUUUAAUGCGUCAUUCCAACAACCGCUCCUUUCCGUGCACACAGUGCGACAUGUUGUUUGUGUGCCACAUAAAUUUGAAAAAUCACAUGCGCACACAUACGGGCGAGCGCCCGUACCCGUGCAAAUAUUGCAAGAAAACAUUUAUGUACCUUUCCGAGAUAAAGCGCCACGAAUAUCAACACACCGGCGACUAUCCGUUUGUAUGUACUUUCUGUUCCAGAAAAUUUAGCCGUUUUGGCUUGCUGAAACAUCACCAGGAAGCUAAGUGUGCAUUACGGACCGGGGUUCAAAAAGCUAAAAAAAAUGACGAUCGACAUAAGGACAUUAAUGUUACCUACAAUCUACGGCACACAGCUAGCUGUGUUGAUUGUUUAGUUCGAUGUUGUUUUGUCUCAGUGAAGCACUCUAUUGUGAAUGUGCUUCUAAUUCAUAUUCGCACAUUCGGAUUUGGCCGGGAAAAGGACGCGAUGGAUAUCUGUCGCGUGUGCAUGGAAGAGGUGGAGGACUAUUGCUCGCUGUUUGAAACCAUCGAGCUGAUGAAAUUCAAACAUACGGCUGCAAGUUUGAUCACGGAAUGUUUCGGCAUUACGGUCACCCAAGAUGAUGGCCUACCGGAGUUUGUCUGCAAUCCCUGCCUACAAGCGAUAGCUCAGGCGUACGUGAUACGAGAUAAAUGUAUAACAUCGGAUAGGAAAAUGAGGAAAAUUCUGUUUCCUACUUCACGAAAACUACAGCCCAUCAUCGAAGAUACUACAGUAACGAAAAAGCAGGUAGAAAACGCUGACAUGAUCCCAGCAAACGCAUCGGAGAUCGCAAUACAGACAGAGCCGGACUAUUCGGAGUAUCAUGAAAAUGAAAUCAAAACUGAAUUGGAUCAUUUCGACGAUGAGUUGGAUGUUAUCGAUGCAUCUUCGAUGAUUGUGUAUGAAGGAAAUCUCACGGAAUCAGAACCAUACGAGCCUCCUGAGGAAGAGCUUACCGGAGAAGAAAAAAAAGACUUACAGGAGGCGAAAGCAUCGUCCUACAGUGAUGAAUUUUUCGAGGACGGGGAUACUGAACCGGCUGAGUGCGACCCAGCACCGGUGGAUAAUGAAACAGUGAAGAUGGAGGUAGAAAUUGUUGAACAACCGCCGAAGCACCUGGAAAGCCUCGUGGACAGUGACGGUGAGCCGAUUUGCAGCUUUACGAAGCGUGAACCGCAAAAGAAUGUUUGUGACAUAUGCAAACAAGAGUUUUCAAGCAAGGGCAACCUCAAGUCGCACCUAAUGCUACAUAGCAAUGAGCGCCCGUUCGGCUGCGAGAUAUGCGGGAGAAGAUUUUCCAAAAAGGGCAACUACAAGGUACAUUUAAUGCGUCAUUCCAACAACCGCUCCUUUCCGUGCACACAGUGCGACAUGUUGUUUGUGUGCCACAUAAAUUUGAAAAAUCACAUGCGCACACAUACGGGCGAGCGCCCGUACGCGUGCAAAUAUUGCAAGAAAACAUUUAUGUACCUUUCCGAUAUAAAGCGUCACGAAUAUCAACACACAGGCGACUAUCCGUUUGUAUGUACUUUCUGUUCCAGAAAAUUUAGCCGUUUUGGCUUGCUGAAACAUCACCAAGAAGCUAAGUGUGCAUUACGGACCGGGGUUCAAAAAGCUAAAAAAAAUGACGAUCGACAUAAGGACAUUAAUUGAGGGUAUUAUGAUCCAGUUCCGCGUUAUUGCUCGAAAGUU